GGAGUAGAUUGGCUGGCGCCCUUGCGUGCACACGUUCCGUCGUGGGGUGGGUUCGGAGGGUUGCGUCGCCUCCGCCCCCCUCCCGGGCCUCACCGCCUCACCGCCGCCGCCGCCGCCGCUGUACGCAGCGCCCCUCCCCCUCACCCCGUGCAGGCCGCAGCCGGGGCCUCCAGUGGAUCGCGCGGCCGCUCUAAGUCCCUCGGGAGCCGCUUUAGCUAGAGGCCCUGCUCGUGUCGGGGAGAAGAUGGCGGCUUCGCUUCAGCCUAGCCCGUGGAAGCUGCUCGUGGCUGUGCUCGCGUCGGGGCCGCUGCUCCGGCUCCUCCUCCUCUUUCAGACUGUUCUGCUCCUCCUGCCUGCCGCCGCCACCCGGGCGGGCCUCUGUCCCGUGCCCUGCUCCUGCUCUUUCCCGCUGCUCGACUGCAGCUGGAGGAAACCGGACUGGAGGGCGCUCUCAGGCCCUCUGCCUCCCGGUACCACCAGCCUGGAUCUGAGUCAUAAUCGGUUGUCUAACUGGAGCAUCAGCCUGGAUUCAAAGGUGUUACAGGAAGUGAAAAUGAAUUAUAAUCAAUUAACAGAAAUUCCAUAUUUUGGAGAACCAACUUCUAACAUCACUCUUCUCUCAUUAGUACACAAUGUAAUUCCAGAAGUUAAUGCAGAACAACUCCUGUUUUACCUCUCUCUGGAGACAUUGGAUCUCAGUUCAAACCAAAUCUCAGAAAUCAAGACAUCCUCAUUUCCUAGAAUGCAACUGAAAUACUUGAACCUGAGUAAUAACAGAAUAGCCACCUUGGAAGCUGGCUGCUUUGAUAAUUUGUCCAGUUCUCUAAUAGUGGUCAAGUUAAAUAGAAACAGAAUUAGCAUGAUUCCGCCCAAGAUCUUUAAGUUGCCUCAUCUUCAGUUUUUGGAACUUAAAAGAAACAGGAUUAAAACUGUGGAAAGCCUUACAUUCCAAGGACUUGAUUCCUUAAAAUCUUUGAAAAUGCAGCGAAAUGGAAUUAGUAGACUUAUGGAUGGAGCUUUCUUUGGCUUGGUGAACAUGGAAGAAUUAGAACUAGAACACAAUAACUUAAUAGAAGUUAACAAGGGCUGGCUCUAUGGCUUGAGGACAUUACAACAGCUCUAUGUCAGCCAGAAUGCUAUUGACAGAAUCAGCCCUGAUGCCUGGGAGUUCUGCCAGCAGCUAUCUGAACUUGACUUGUCCUAUAAUCAGUUGACACGCCUGGAUGAAUCUGCCUUUGUGGGUCUAAGCUUAUUGGAGAAGUUGAAUUUGGGGGACAACAGGGUCACUCACAUUGCUGAUGGGGUUUUUAAAGACCUUUCAAAUCUUCAGACACUAGAUUUACGGAACAACGAAAUCUCCUGGGCCAUAGAAGAUGCAAGUGAAGCCUUUGUAGGACUCACCAAGCUCACUAAAUUAAUCUUACAAGGAAACCAUAUUAAGUCGGUUACAAAGAAGGCAUUCAUUGGUCUUGAAGCCCUUGAGCAUCUAGACUUAAACAAUAAUGCUAUAAUGUCUAUCCAAGAAAAUGCUUUUGCUCAAACACAUCUGAAAGAAUUGAUGUUGAACACCAGCAGUUUGCUCUGUGAUUGCCAGCUGAGGUGGCUGAUGCAGUGGCUGGUGGACAGUCACUUAGAACAGGCUGUGAAUGUGAGCUGUGCUCACCCUGAGUGGCUGGCGGGGCAGAGCAUCCUUAAUGUGGAUCCCAAAGAUUUAGUCUGCGAUGAUUUUCCCAAGCCCCAGAUAAGGACACACCCAGAGACCACAAUUGCUUUAAAAGGUGUCAAUGUGACCCUUACUUGUACUGCAGUGAGCAGCAGUGACUCACCAAUGUCGACAGCAUGGCGCAAAGACAGUGAAAUCUUGUAUGAUGCAGACAUUGAGAAUUUUGCUCGCUAUCGGCAGCAGGGUGGAGAAGCCUUGGAGUACACUACUGUUUUACAUCUUUUCAAUGUGAAUUUCACAGAUGAAGGAAAAUAUCAGUGCAUUGUUACUAAUCACUUUGGUUCUAAUUAUUCUCAUAAAGCCCGAUUAAUUGUGAAUGAGCUACCUUCAUUUCUGAAAACCCCGAUGGACCUAACUAUCCGCACCGGAGCCAUGGCCAGACUAGAAUGUGCUGCAGAAGGUCACCCGGCACCUCAGAUUUCCUGGCAGAAAGAUGGCGGCACAGACUUCCCUGCAGCAAGAGAAAGGCGUAUGCAUGUUAUGCCUGAGGAUGAUGUCUUCUUCAUUGCCAAUGUGAAGAUUGAAGACAUGGGAAUAUAUAGCUGCAUGGCACAAAACAUUGCAGGUGGUCUCUCAGCAAAUGCCACGUUAACAGUGUUAGAAACACCUUCUUUUAUUAGACCUUUGGAAGACAGAACUGUUACUCGAGGUGAGACAGCUGUCCUGCAGUGUAUUGCUGGAGGAAGUCCAGCUCCUCGACUCAAUUGGACCAAAGAUGAUGGUCCUCUGAUGGUGACAGAAAGGCACUUCUUUGCAGCAGCCAAUCAGCUUCUCAUCAUUGUAGAUACUGGACUAGACGAUGCUGGGAAAUAUACCUGUAUCAUGUCUAACACCUUGGGGACAGAACGUGGUCACAUUUACUUAAAUGUCAUCUCUUCCUCCAAUUGUGAUUCCUCCCAAAAUAGCAUUGGACAUGAAGACGAUGGCUGGACCACAGUUGGUAUUGUUAUCAUUGUAGUGGUGUGCUGUGUUGUAGGCACCUCUCUGAUUUGGGUCAUUGUGAUUUACCAUAUGAGAAGGAAGAAUGAAGACUAUAGUAUCACCAAUACAGAAGAACUGAACUUGCCAGCUGACAUCCCCAGCUACCUAUCUUCUCAGGGAACACUGUCUGAACCGCAGGAAGGUUAUAGCAAUUCGGAGGCUGGGAGCCAUCAGCAGCUCAUGCCGCCUGCAAAUGGAUACAUACAUAAAGGCCCAGAAGGUGGCAGUGGUAGCCGUGUGAUCUGUUCAGAUUGUUAUGACAAUGCCAACAUCUACUCCAGAACCAGAGAAUAUUGUCCAUACACCUAUAUCACUGAAGAAGAUGGUCUGGACCAAACGCUGUCCAGCCUCAUGGUUCAGGUGCCCAAAGAACCUUGCUUGUCACAUCCUUCCCCAGAAACAGCAGCUCUGGACCCCUUGAUAUCAUCAGGAGACAUGUCAGUUUUCCUUACCAAUCAUGACAGGAUAAAUGAGAAGGCCCUUUCUUCUACACAGAUGAGCAGUGAAACCUCACAGCGGCCAUUAUGGGGCAUAAACAAAGAACUAGGACUCCCACCACCUCACUUUUCCCAGCAGCCAGUGCUCGAGUCACCACAACUUCUUCGAAAUGAGAGCCUGACAGAGAAUGACGAGGACCACACCACUUCUCCCAGACCCUGCCAAAGGCUGCCAGGUCGCCCCUGUGACUUCAGCAGGACUCAGAAUGGACAGGAUGGCAGCGAAGCGACAUGAAACGUGCCCCACUCAGACUGACACAUGGGCACACGCUCCAGUGCCCAGCUGUGUACGCACUACCUCAGAGCUCAGAGGAAACCCCGAGGGUCACCUUUGCUUUCCUGUCAUGUUUACAAGGACAAACCGAGUAGGCCGAGCAAGUGGGUCACGACGGAGGACGCAGGAGGCCAGCCCGCUCUUGUCUGAGGUCGCGUCAGAUCGAGAGAGGGCCGGAGCUGAUAGACCAAGUACAGGACUAGUACAACAGCCUUUCCUUUGGGGCCCAGCGGGACAUGGCCAGGUUUGUGGUGAAAAGAGGCUGGAAGAAUGAGAUUGCUGCUUGCUCUCUGGAGAGAACCUGGCUACUUCACUUGGCUGUCUGAGGAGCCCUUCCAAAGUAAGCAUCAAGUUCUGUCACCAAAAGCCUGCCUUCAGCUGGUGCUUUCUUAUUCGUGGCUACAAACAAGAAUCACAUCCUUGUUUUGACAGAUUGGUACCAAGUUUAGGGCAUUCUGUUCCUGUCACACUGGAACAGCAGUUGUAAAUAUGUUUUCAUUUAUAAAUAUAUUUUGUAUUCACUACAUGUAAAAUGUCAGCUUAAUGUAAAUAUUUUUUAAUAUGCCAAAAUUAUGUAAUAUUAUUCUAUGUUAUUUUGACAGCUGCUUAACAGACCAGAAAUGAAUUUUGUAGAACUUGGAAAGUUUAAAGAAUUUGCAUCGAAAACUUCUUACUGAUUAAGGAGUCUAUGUAUGUAAGCAGGGUACCAAAUGAUAAUUUACACAUACAUGGCAGUCCUAGUGUGGCAAAUACUUUUCUGUAUUCUUUUCAUUGGCAGAGAGUCACUUUUUUGUUUUUAUCUGUAAACUGAUCAUUUGUCCUCAGUUAUUCUUUUCCAUUUUGUACACCUCCAGUAGUAUUGUGCUUUAGAUACAAAAGGACUAGCCCUCUCCAAAAAAUUGAGAUUGACAGUCUUGUUCUACAUGCCAUAUACAUGUGGAGUUGAGGGAACAACCAAAGACAUUCCUUUCAAAUUUAACUGGAGAAUGAUUUUUUUUUUAAGAACAAAAAUAUAUUAAACAUAGAUAAGAUUUUACUUUAGGUGAAGAGGGAAGGAGAAUAAAAGGAAGCUGUAGAUGGAAAAGCUAUUGCCCUGCGAGGUCUUUGGCUCAGUGUUGUGUAAAUGGUAUUUAAGGCUGAUGAACUUUCCUCGACAAAUGAUAUUUCUGGUUACUAAAGAUUUUGUUUAUAAGCUAAUGAUUUAAGUAGGCAAAGAAAAAUAAUGUUUCAGAAUUCUCUUUUCCUUAUAGUUUCUAAGUCUCUUCUUAUGGUCAAAUUCAGUACCCUAAUCCAAUUAUGUUUUGAGCCAUUAAAAGGGAGGUCAGUCACACCAUGUAAGAAUUUUCUUUUUUAUUGUGCUUUCUUAAGAUCUAAAUUCUCACAGAGAUUUCUAAGCUUUCCACCAGUAAUUUUAGCUAAGUUUCAUAGAUUUAUUUCUAAUACUUAUAUUUCCCUUACUCUACCAGCACUUUUGAUUGAAUAAUGUUGCUCUUCCCUUGUUAUUUCCUUUUCCCUUCAAUACACACUACCAAGUGGACCCUUUCACUUAAAAUCUCAAAAAAGCUCUUCAUUUAAAAAGUUUUUGAAAGACAAUUCUACUUCUUAUCUCUCUCCUUCUUGUCCCUCUCAUUACACUAUGAGCCAUUUUAAAAGGCUCCCUUUCUGAACUAAAAAAGACCAAGGGACUCUCUUCCUCUAUGGCAGGAACAAUAGUAUAGAAACAAGCCUGAAGGAGUGGGAAAAGAUACUCUUCCUUUCUGUGGUAGGGUUCUUCCCCUACUCCAUUGCACAUGACUUAGCUGCUGCUUAUUUCUAGGCUAUAACUUACCCACUUUGUGCUGUUCCAAUAAUUAACCUACAAUUAACCUCCAAUCAAUGGUUCUUUUCUUCCUAGGGGGGUUAUUUCUUUUAUUGGCACCAAGGGAGAGUGCCUUCUCAUUGGUCAGCUUAAAAUAUUUGCACUCUAUUUCUAGGAUCUUUAGGUCUCUUCAAUAACUUUUUUUCAUGGGAUGAUUAUUGUAUUUUUUUUUCCCAAUUACAUGUAGAAACAAUUUUUUCCAGUUCAUUUUUGAAGAAUUGCAAAUUCUCUCCCUUCCCUCCCUUUUUUCCUAACCCCCCUUGAGAAGGCAAGCAAUUUUGUAUAGAUUAUACAUGCAAAACAUUUCCGUAUUAGCCACCUAGUGAAAGAAAAUAUAGACUGAAAGAAAGGAAGGAAGGAAGAAAGAAAAAUUUAAAAGUAUGCUUCAGUCUGUAUUCAGAUUCCAUCAGUUCUUUCUCUAGAGGUAGAUAGCUUUUUCCACCAUAGUUCCUUUGGGCAUUAUCUUGGAUCCUUAUAUUGCUGAGAAUAACUAAGUCAUUCAUAGUCAGUCAUUGUACAAUGUUGCUGUUCCUGUGUCCAAUGUGCUCCUGGUUCUGCUCACUUCACUUUGCAACAGUUCAUCUAAGUCUUCACAGGUUUUUCCUCUUCAGUAAUUUCUGGUGGAUCUGAAGAAUUGAUAAAGUUAGUUUAGCUCUAAAAAGAAGCGAAUCUGACUAGUUUAAUGUCUUGGUGCUUGCCCUAGAAGCAGACAUUACGGAGACUUCAUUGUCCGUAGGGUUUUGACCUAAUGGACAGUACUAAUGCUCUGGGAGCAAUUUAACCACACAGUUUAAACAGAUUUAGUGGCCUUUCAGUGUUACAAAUAAUCUAAUGCCUUCCUAAUGCUAAUAUAACAGGCAUCCUUGCUUAGCUCCAGGCAAACUGAAGUGCUCAGGGUUGUAGUUUUCUGAUUGCUAUGUUUUGGUAGGGAUAAGCAAGUGUUUCUAAUUCAACUAUUUGUGUCUCUUGACUGAUGGAUUACUUAAUUGCACCUGGAAAAAAUGCAUUUAUUUUCCUAGUUACCCAUGGCUUACUGUAGCACAGGUUUUUAGGCCUCGCAGAGCUAUUUGACUUCCUGUUGCAAAUCAUUUUUCUCAAUCUCAUUCUCUAACAACUCAAGCUUCUCUAAGAUAGAAGGUAUUACGAGACCAAUUAAAUAUAUAUAUAUGCCCCUUGAGUGCUAUCUUCAGUGUAUUUAAAAUACAGAAGUCAUUUCAGAAUAGGUAAUUAACCUGUGCAAGAUCAAUUGCUUCCAUAUGUCACUUUGAAGAUGAAAAGGAACCUCAGGACAUUGGCAGUUCAGAUUUUAUCCCAAUCUACCCCAAAUGGGGGGAUGGGAAUUAGACAGGAUAAAGUCAGAGUGCUGCACUAGAAGCCUUAAGUGAUGGGUUCAUGGGUUUAGAAGAGGAAGAGACCUCAUAUAUCACCUAGUCCAACCAUUUCCAGCUGAAGAAAUAGAACCAAAGAUUAUAGCUUGCCAAGGUCACAUAGGUACUAAGCAGAAAUUUGAAUCCAGAUCUUAUCAAUGCAAAUUCAGCGGAUACCAGUCAGUUCACUGUAAAGGAAGAGGGGUUUUUUUGUUUUUGUUUUUGUUUUAAUCAGAAUGACACAAAAAUGGAGUAGUCUGCCUUCGAGGAGUGAGAGAUUGUUGGAGCAAAGGCUGGAUGAUACUCUGUUAGGGAUAUUUUAGAAGAGAUUCCUACAUUAGGAAGGAGGUCUGACAUAGGUGACCUUUAAGGUCCCUUCUAUUAUGAUUUCUAUGAAAUUCCCAGAUUUUUAAGGGAUUUUAAUAAUCCCACUAUUUUCUUGUUCUCCCACAUGGAUUUUGCCCCAUAUAAAACCAUGGUUUAGAUCUUUUUUUUUUUCCUGUAACUAUCUUAGUCUUUGAAUCCACAAAAUGUGAGUUAGUGAAAAGUUUUGGCAUUAGAGGAAUGAGGUUCAAAUUUUGGGCUCUGCUGUUUAUUACCUUUGUGUCCUAGGGCAAGUCACUUAAGCUCUCUUGUUUCCUCAUCUAUAAAAUAGGGAGUAAGACUAGGUAAGCUCUAAGGUCCUACCAAGCUAGUUCUAAGUCGAAUGAAUCUGCAGAAAAUGUGAUAUUGGUGGGGAAAGUAGAAUUAGAAGCUUAGCAUAAUUAAAAAAUAUAUAUAGAGAGAUCAUAUGUUUUGUAUGUCCCAUGCUGCUCUUGAGCUAAAAGGGACCUUAGAGGUCGUCUUCUCCAGUCAUCUGUCUGGUGAAUGAAAACCCUCUACGAUAACCCAAACGAAUGGCGAUGUUCAAUGUCUGCUAAAGCUUUCCGAGGUUUUCGUAGCUUUGUAAUUGUGACAGUGCUCACUUUCAUUCUUCUUAGUCCAGAACUAUUUGUAUUCUUCAGUGCUGUACCUGGAUACUCUGAUCAUUUCAAACCUUUUUCUGUUUACAUGCUGAAAUGUAAAAUUGCCAGAAUUGAAAGGCAAUGUUUUACCUCCCUUAUUUUGUUUUUAUAUUAUUUAACGGUCGCAAUGACAUUGUAAAGUUGAGCUGAUAUCUGAUAUCUCUUUAUUUGGAAAUAUUUUGUUUUUCUUAUCAUUUCGCCUUUUGCUUGACAAAUGAAUUUGUUCUAUCCCUCCGACCUUCCCCUUUUUUUUCUGGAAGUAACCAACCUCUAGGCUCUUUUGUUUUCUGACAACUUUCACUGACUUACAGAAUAAAAAGUUUCAAGUUAACUAAUAUUCUGGAGGCAACUCAAACAGUGCUUGAAAACCCAGACCCCCCCCCCCCCCCCAGCAAGGAAUAGAUGGUGAACUCCUUGACAAGCCCUGAAAGUCUAUUCUGUAGAUAGAACAGGCAAAGCAAACUUUCUUUUAUCACCAGCUGUAACUGUAACUUCAAGAAAAUGGGUAUCUAUCCAAGAUGGAGCUCAAGGCUAUUUCAGCUGGCGAUAAAGAAUGUGACUUGUAAUGGACACAUUUCUAACCUUCACUUCUCUUCUCUUUCCCCCUCCCAUCUCUUAUCAGAGGAUGCCAAAGUAAUAGCAGCUAUGGAAGUAGUUGUACCCAAAGAGAGGUGUAAGUCAAGUGGUCCUUGUUCAACGUCGCCCUUUCCUAGUAUUUAUAUUUUCUCACCUAUAAGAAUGUAUAUUUUGUAUAGCAUGUGAAACAUUUGUCUACUGUAAUAUGUCUUCAAUAAAACAAGCGUACUGUUGCGA